UGUUCCUUCAAACAAUAAUUCACGUACAUAUAACUACCUAAAACUAAUCAUUAUAUCAAUGGGUCAUCAAAUAGAAUUACAAUCUAUUUAUUCGUUUUUUGGCGCCAUUGACUACUGAAUCAAAAUACUUUUUUGACAUCAGAUAAAUAUCUGUAGGAGUUUAACUCAACGGUAACACUUACGUAUCUGAAUAAUUAUUCUGAAGAAAUUUAUAGCUCUUUAAUUUAGAUAACAAAUUAUAAGUGGAUGAGUUUCAAUGAAAUAACUUACUUUGGAUCCUAGAAAGUUGAUGCAUUACAACGAAGGUGAAUUCCUCAAAAAGGAAAAGAAAGAAAAGAAAGAGAAGAAGGAGAAAAAAGAAAACAAAGAAGAGGAUGCAGGAGCUCCAGCAGAAGAUAAAAAAGAGACAGCAAGUAGUGGAGGUGGUGGUGGUGGUAAACGAGCUCAAAGAGCUACUUCAAAUGUUUUUGGAAUGUUCCCUCAAAAUCAAAUCCAAGAAUUUAAAGAGGCCUUUACGUUGAUCGAUCAAAAUCGUGACGGAUUUAUUGAUAUUGAAGAUUUAAAAGAUAUGUACGCAUCGUUGGGUCGGACACCAACUGAUAAAGAAUUGAAAGAAAUGUUAGAUGAAUCACCUGGUCCAUUGAAUUUCACAAUGUUUAUCAACUUAUUCGGUGAAAAACUAAAUGGUACUGAUCCUGAAGACGCACUACGUAAUGCAUUUGCAAUGUUUGAUCCAGGGAACAAACGAUAUUUGGAAGAAGAAUACAUCAAAGAUCUUUUAGAAAAUAUGGGCGAUAAUUUCUCUGCUGAAGAGAUAAGACAAACGUGGAAAGAAGCUCCAAUUAAAGAAGGCAAAUUGGAUUACGAUUCAUUUGUAAAUCUCAUAAAGAGAGGCAAUCAAGACAUUUAG